CGUCGUGCUUUGCGGCCGGCCGCGCCGGCUUCCGGUGGCGCGUGGUUUCCGGAGCGGAUCGGAACCCGGAGUCCGGAUCCGAUCCGGGUUUGGCCAUUCCCCAGGCAGGCUUAAAAAUGGCUGGAGAUGGCAGUGAUGAGACUAUGUUUAUCUGGUGCGAGGACUGUGGGCAGUACCAUGAUUCAGAGUGUCCUGAGCUUGGCCCCGUGGUGACAGUCAAAGACUCCUUUGUAUUGAGCAGGGCAAGAUCAUCUCUGCCUUCUAAUUUGGAGAUAAGACAACUGGAAGAUGGGACUGAAGGAGUGUUUGCUCUGACUCAGCUAGUGAAACGUACUCAGUUUGGCCCAUUUGAAUCCAAGAGAGUUGCCAACCUGGAAAAAGAAUCAGUUUUUCCCCUGAAGGUGUUCCAGAAGGAUGGGCCCCUGGUAUAUUUUGACACCUCAAAUGAAGAUGACUGCAACUGGAUGAUGAUGGUGCGACCAGCCACUGAAUAUGAGCAUCAAAACUUAACUGCCUUCCAGCAUGACAAUGAUAUUUACUUCACCACCUCCCAGGACAUCCCACCAGGAACUGAGCUGCGAGUGUGGUAUGCAGCUUUUUACGCCAAAAAAAUGGAAAAGCCAGUGCUGAAGCAGGUCUCUAGUAUUGCCAAUGAUACAUGCUUGGUAGUGAUGGAUUCUGAUAAAGAGGGAAAUAAAACAUCUUCAAAACCUUCGUCUGCUGUCUUCCCCCAUAAAAAAACGAAGAAAUGCAGCAUACCAGCAGCUGAUCCAGCAGUGAACACUCCAGAAGGCAGCAGAGGUGCAGAAGCAGAGUCCAGCCAGUGGACGUGUAAAGUGUGUUCAUCUGCAUUCCAGGAGCCUCAUCUGCUGACGGAGCACUUGCUGAGUCACCUGGAACAAGCUAAAGGUGCCUCCCAAACCAGCCAAAAUGAGGCUGUUGCAGAGAAAGCAGUAGAAGCUUCCCCUGUAGAUCAGCCAGUGACUUGUGAUGCAGCCAGUGCCAGUACAGACUCAAGGAGGAAGGCCAGGCGGGGAAGAAAGCCCAAAACAGCAAAAGCAGAAGCACCUCUUGUUGCUGAAGAGAGAGAUUCUGCAGUGGAACGCGUAUCUGACAUUGUAACUCAGGUCCCACCUGAAGAGGUAGCCCUGCCUUCAGCUGCAGAAGAAAGGAUUAUGGAAUUGGUUUUAGGAAAGAUGCCUAGCACCACAAGUAGCAUCAGUUCAGUGACAAAUAGGUUUGCUCAUCACCAAAACACCAUGUCCCUCAAAAGAAGUUUAAUUCUCUCCAGUAGACACGGUAUACGGCGGAAACUGAUAAAACAGCUUGGGGAGCACAAGCGAGUCUAUCAAUGCAGUAUCUGCAGUAAGAUCUUCCAGAACAGCAGCAACCUCAGCAGGCACAUCCGUUCUCAUGGUGACAAACUAUUUAAAUGUGAGGAGUGCGCAAAGCUGUUCAGCCGUAAAGAGAGCUUGAAGCAGCAUGUUUCAUACAAGCACAGCAGGAACGAAGUUGACAGUGAGUACAGAUACAAGUGCACCACAUGUGAAAAGGCCUUUCGGAUAGAGAGUGCAUUGGAGUUCCAUAACUGCAGGACAGAUGACAAGACAUUCCAGUGCGAGAUGUGUUUCAGAUUCUUUUCUACAAACAGUAAUCUCUCAAAACACAAGAAAAAGCAUGGAGAUAAGAAGUUUGCUUGUGAAAUCUGCAAUAAGAUGUUUUACCGGAAGGAUGUCAUGCUAGACCAUCAAAGACGACACUUAGAAGGGGUGAGGCGUGUGAAAAGAGAAGACUUUGAGCACAACACGGAAAACAUGGUUCGCUACAAGAAGGAGCCUUCGGGAUGCCCUGUGUGUGGGAAGGUAUUUUCAUGUAGAAGCAAUAUGAACAAACACCUGUUAACACAUGGAGACAAGAAAUACACUUGUGAAAUCUGCGGACGUAAAUUUUUCAGGGUGGAUGUGUUGAGAGAUCACAUUCACGUCCAUUUUAAGGACAUAGCAUUAAUGGAUGAUCACCAGAGAGAAGAGUUUAUUGGUAAAAUUGGAAUCUCAUCAGAGGAAAAUGAUGACAACUCUGAUGAAAGUGCAGAUUCUGAGCCUCACAAGUAUAGCUGCAAAAGGUGCCAGUUGACCUUCGGCAGAGGGAAGGAGUAUCUGAAGCACAUCAUGGACGUGCACAAGGAGAAAGGCUAUGGCUGUAGCAUUUGCAAUCGACGUUUUGCCUUGAAGGCAACUUACCAUGCACACAUGGUCAUUCAUCGGGAAAACCUGCCUGAUCCUAAUGUGCAGAAAUACAUCCAUCCAUGUGAAAUCUGUGGAAGGAUCUUUAACAGUAUAGGAAAUCUGGAAAGACAUAAGCUUAUACAUACAGGUGUAAAAAGUCAUGCUUGUGAGCAAUGUGGCAAAUCAUUUGCUAGAAAAGACAUGUUAAAAGAACAUAUGCGAGUCCAUGAUAAUAUCCGAGAAUACUUGUGUGCAGAAUGUGGCAAAGGAAUGAAGACGAAACAUGCACUUCGUCACCACAUGAAACUUCACAAAGGGAUUAAAGAAUAUGAAUGCAAGGAAUGUCACCGAAAAUUUGCACAGAAAGUCAACAUGUUGAAGCAUUACAAAAGACACACAGGAAUCAAAGAUUUCAUGUGUGAGCUUUGUGGCAAGACGUUUAGUGAAAGAAAUACAAUGGAGACUCAUAAGUUGAUUCAUACAGUAGGAAAACAGUGGACAUGUUCAGUCUGUGAUAAGAAAUAUGUCACUGAUUACAUGCUGCAGAAGCACAUCCAGCUUACUCAUGAUAAGGUAGAAGCCCAGAGCUGUCAGCUGUGUGGGACAAAGGUUUCUACCAGAGCGUCCAUGAGUCGACAUAUGAGGCGUAAACAUCCAGAGAUUCUGUCAGUGAGGAUUGAUGAUUUAGAGCAGCUGCCAGAGACUACUACCAUUGAUGCUUCCUCAAUUGGGAUUGUUCAGCCAGAGUUAGCCUUGGAACAGGGAGAAUUACCAGAAGGAAAACAGCAUAUAAAAGCUCCUAAACGUGGUCAGAAACGAAAACAAAAGUCAGGUGAGGAAGAGGAAGCUCAAGUGCCUGAAGACCCUGCCUUCAGUCAAUACACAGAGAAGGAAGGUGAAUUCACAGGGAAUGUUGGAGAUGAGACUAAUUCAGCUGUCCAGAGCAUCCAGCAGGUGGUGGUGACCCUUGGUGACCCAAGUGUCACAGCUCCUUCCAGUUCUGUUGGGAUGACAAAUAUCACUGUUACCCCCAUUACAACGGCAGCUGGAACCCAGUUCACAAACCUCCAGCCCGUGGCUGUGGGCCAUCUGACAGCUCCUGAACGCCAGCUACAGCUGGACAACUCAAUCCUCACUGUGACGUUUGACACUGUCAGUGGUUCUGCCAUGCUGCACAACCGCCAAAAUGACAUUCAGAUCCAGCCACAGCCAGAGGCAGCUAAUCCUCAGUCUGUGGCCCAUUUUAUAAACCUGACCACCUUGGUGAACUCCAUUGCUCCUCUAGGGAACCAGAUAACAGAACAACAUCCUCUGACAUGGAGGUCAGUGCCUCAGACUGAUGUCUUGCAGCCCCAGGCACAGCCAGCGCAACAACAGUCAGGACAGCAACAGGUUCAAACAGAGCAACAACAACAGAUGUAUAGCUACUAAUUUAUACUUCGACAAAUUUUGAAAUGGACAGUACUCAGAGACAAAAACACACAGACGUUUGGAAAAUUUCUAAUAGGAUUGUUUGCUGGAUACCAAACAGAGAUGGGCAGAUACAAUGAAAUGUAAGCUAAAAUUGGCAUAGCACCCUGCAACACCCUAACCAUGAGAUUCUCACACUGUCUCUAGACCUUGCACUGUCUUAAAAAAAAAAAAAAAGAAAAAUUAAACAAAUCUCACCAUAAAUUUAGCACCUCCUUGCGCUGUGUAUUUUAUGCAGUAAGACUGAGAUUUGACAAAAGCAUCAUAACACAUCUUAACCAAAGCAGGGAGAUCCUAAAUAUCAUGGCAUUGGUGAUUUAAAAAACCCUUUCAGCCAUACCAUGUCUCUUCGUUCCAGUCUGGAAAUUACAUCUGACAACCUUUUUCACAGUGAGGUGGAAUGCAUUUGUGGUCAGCUGGUGGAGACUGAAAUGUAAAGACACAAAUGGGCACCAGAAUAAUUGUCUUGUUUUUUAUCUUCUUUAGGUCUUGUAUCUAACAACAUUGAUAAAGUAGGUGGAGGUUGGGGCUUCGGGGAAGUGAGUGUGGUGUGGAAGAAAAUAUACCAAUUUCACAAAGUAUUUCCAUUUUAGUCAUGGUAAAAUCCCUGUACCCAUAACACAGUGUUAGUGCUACUUUAAUCAGAUAGCUGGUCUAAUGGUAAAGCAACUUUUAUGGUCUUUAGUCAAGUUUGAAUCAAACCAAAUAUGAACUGAAAAAAGAAUGUGAUACAGUUUUAUGUAAUUUUUUGAAGAGCUCUUUCAGUCUUGCUUUUAGCUACUAGGCCUGAAGAGCCAGCAGUCCCCUUUGAUCAAGUUCAGGAUGUGAAUUUUUCAUCAAAUAUUAUUCUUUCAUCACGUAAUAAACAUUUGAGAAAGCAUUCUUUUUAUAUAUAUAUAUAUACAUACAUAUAUAUAUAUAGCCUUUGUACUGUACUGUGCAUUCCUGGUGAGUAUUUGAGUGAAAAGCACUGAUAUCAAUAUGAUUAAUUUUUUUUUCAUCCCCAUAUUGCCCUUUCUCACAGAAAUAAUGUACGGGUUCUAUUCCUUUUCCAAAACUGAUUUACAAAAUUUAUAGUCACGCACAAGGUUGCAUGAAACGCAGGAACAAAGAAUGUCUGAAGCAUAUGCUGCCACACGGAGGCAGCAUGCCCUAGUAUAUAAUGGGCAAAGUUUGCAUGACUGGGAUAAAAAUAGUGGGUUGGGUCAAAUGCAUUGUUGCUGAUACACUUUCAUUCCAUUCUCCAUAUAUUGAUGUGCAGUGUGGACUUUUGCAUGUCAAGAAGAUAGUAUCUUUCCCACAGAGAAAAAGCAGCUGAUAUCAAAAAGGAAUUAACUAAAAAAAAACCAAAAAAUAAACCCAUAAAAAAUGUUGCUGCCUGGAAUCCUGAAAGGCAAAUCUGUACUUCCAGCUGUAGCUGAAGAACAAGGUGCUUUGGGGCAGCAGACUGAGCCACAGAACCAUGCUAAAGGUUUUUGCUGAGGAUAAAGCAGCUGCUGUGUUUGACACUGAAGAUAGAUUGAUGGUUAUAAAAAUCCUGUCUGUGCCUAUUGUAUUUAUGAAACUGUUCUAUGUAUUAGCAAAAAAUAUGAGUAGGAAUGACUUCAGCUUUGAAGGUCUGUAUUAACAUGGACUACUUGACCCCAGAAGGAUGCCUUAUAAUUGCUACAACAAACUCUUCCAAAGUAUAAAUGUUAAUUGAAAUUAAUCUGCAGUGGU